CCUUCCCCCGCCCGGGUCUCUCCUCUCGUCCUUCCCUCUGACAAGCUACACUACCAGGCAGGAGUUCCCGGCAGCAAGGCGCGCAACACAACACUGACAGCUGCGACUGAACCAAGCGGGGAAAGAUGGAGCACAGAGACGCCGGCGUCAACAUAAUGUUAAUGACCGAUUCAUACAAGGUAACACAUUACAAACAGUACCCUCCCAACACGAGUAAAGUGUACUCCUACUUCGAGUGCCGUGAGAAGAGGACAGAUCCCACCAAAAGCAGAAAAGUCAAAUAUGACAAAACCGUCUUCUACGGCCUACAGUACAUCCUCCACAAAUACCUAAAAGGAAAGGUAGUGACUCCAGAGAAGAUCCAGGAGGCGAAGGAGGUAUACAGGGAACACUUCCAGGAUGAUGUUUUCAAUGAGAAGGGGUGGAAUUACAUUUUGGAGAAAUACGAUGGACACCUGCCAAUUGAAAUCAAGGCAGUGCCAGAGGGGAGUGUUAUUCCUCGAGGCAACGUUUUGUUCACAGUGGAGAGCACAGACCCUGAAUGCUACUGGCUCACCAACUGGGUGGAGACCAUUCUGGUCCAGAUCUGGUACCCCAUAACUGUGGCAACCAACUCCAGAGAGCAGAAGAAGAUCCUCGCCAAGUACCUCCUGGAGACUUCUGGGAACUUGGAGGGACUAGCAUACAAACUACAUGACUUUGGCUACAGGGGUGUCUCCUCACAAGAGACUGCGGGCAUUGGGGCCUCCGCCCAUCUGGUCAACUUCAAGGGCACAGACACUGUAGCUGGCAUAGGAGUUAUUAAGAAGUACUACGGCACCAAGGACCCUGUACCAGGCUUCUCAGUGCCUGCUGCAGAACACAGUACAAUCACAGCGUGGGGGAAGGACCAUGAAAAAGAUGCUUUUGAGCACAUCAUCACGCAGUUCCCCAACGUGCCUGUAUCCAUAGUCAGCGACAGCUACGACAUCUACAACGCCUGUGAGAAGAUCUGGGGAGAAGACCUACGGGGGCUGAUAGAGAAGCGCAGCGCCGAUGCCCCGCUGGUUGUCCGACCAGACUCAGGAAACCCUCUCGAUACGGUUUUGAAGGUUUUGGAGAUCCUGGGUAGGAAGUUUAUUCCAGUGGAAAACUCUAAAGGUUUUAAGGUUCUCCCUCCUUACAUCCGAGUCAUACAAGGAGACGGAGUUGAUAUCAACACACUGCAAGAGAUAGUGGAGGGAAUGAAGCAACACAAGUGGUCCAUUGAGAACAUUGCCUUUGGGUCCGGAGGUGCUCUGCUGCAGAAACUGACCAGAGAUCUGCUCAACUGCUCCUUCAAAUGCAGCUAUGUGGUCACUAAUGGACUGGGGGUGAACGUGUUCAAGGACCCAGUGGCGGACCCCAACAAAAGGUCAAAGAAAGGUCGCUUGUCUCUGCACCGGACACAGAGUGGAGACUUUGUCACCCUGGAGGAGGGAAAGGGCGACCUGGAGGAGUAUGGCGUGGACCUGCUGCACACAGUCUUUCAGAACGGGAAGAUUGUGAAGACCUACACAUUUGACGAAGUCAGAGACAAUGCUAAGCUUAAAGAGAGCGAGCUUGAAGAGCUGCUCCACUGAACGCAGCACAACUGAACCGCCACCCUCCACCCGAACCCCAAAACAACCCCACCCCCCUUUGUCUUUCACCUUUUGGCCUCCGGCGUCACCUCUGAAAAUGGAGGUAGCGUGCACUUCAGAUUCCACUCCCAAAGCCAAAAGUUUCCUUAAAACCUUAAAAUUAACAGAAAUUCACCCCUCAGUUCCAAAACCACUGUUUCUGAGGAAUUUGGAAACUCACAAACCUCUGAACGGCGAGCACCCCAUUAAUGUGUGAGGGGGAGGGAAGAGAAGAAAAUGACUGAGGGGUACUGUAAGCGACAGGAAUAACUAGACGUAUAUAAGGUGAGAAGUUGAGAUUGUGAUGAUAAAACGCGAUAAAACACUUCUGUGCACUGCUGCCACAGAAUUGGCAUGUUGCUGUGAUGAUUGUAGGUUUUUGAAUGGGCCCUUGGCGGCUGCAUGCGAGUGAGCACACUGAGUCAGAGUGAGAACGGUCAUGACAGAAACAGACAGAGAAAUGAUAAGCCACACCCACACCAAUGACCGUGCCCCGUGUAUUGUGUACAGAACUGUGUAGAGAGAAAAAACAUGUCUAAAUCUACGUAGCUUUGUCUUUUAUGUGAAGGAAGGCAUAUAACGGUGCACCGAUAACAUUGAUGGACAACAGCUAAUAUAUUGCUUUUAUUGGAAGCUCACAAACACCUAAACUAAAAUUAUGGGUGAUGAAGGAAUUCAUUUCCCCGUUUUCUUGCUUUUAAUAGGUAGUUAAGUACUACCUGAAUAUUUUGUACUCUUAUUCCGCCACAUAAAAUGUUAUUGGUGCAUCUCUGAAGGUUUAUAAAUGAUCAUCUACCUGCCGUUAUGUUGGCCCAAAGAGCAUUCACAUCAUGAAGGCCCAAUUUUAAUGUUUUUUGUUUGUUUGUUUACAUUACGUGUAAACAUUGGAUUAUAUUGCUCCAGCAUUUUUAAAGAAAUUUAUGAAAAUUGCUGAUUUUCCAUCAGUAUUGUCAGCGUUACCAGAGUCCUGAAGAAGCACCAAAUCUUUACAAAAUGAACUUGAUUAGAUUCUCCAAAGUUUUGGAUUGGGUCUUCAGGGCGGCGAAUGCUCUCGAAACCAGCCUUUGUGUAAGAGUUGAUGUAAAAAACUAAAACUAACAAAAAAAACGUCACAGAAACCUUCUUCACUGGAAUGAAGAUGAUCUAACUAUGUGUUCAUGAAAGAUUACAUAUGUGGCUCUGGGGCUGAAAUGUAUGUUUAAUGUGUGUGUGAUUGGAUUUGUUUUGUGUGUGUACUGACAUUUUCUUCCUUUAAAGGAUUGUGUAGUAUUCCUUUAUGCAAAUGUACAUGUUGAUCGGGGGGAACAGAGAACACGCUUCAGUUUACUUUGCCAGCCUUUUGCUCUAAAAGAAGACACAGCGUUGUGACAAAACAGGUGGCGAUACAGUAGUGAGUGUGUUUUUCUUUUGGGCAAUGUAAAAGAAGGCAGAGAAGUAAGAGCCAUGAUCUAAAAACAUCUUUCUGACGGGAAUGUACCGGCCAUGCAUUGGCAUUUGGCGGUGCACAUUUGUAAACCAGCAAAACGUUGCUCUCAGUAUUGCUGCCCUAACUCUUGAAAAGCGGGAAAGCUUCAACAGCUGUGUUUCUGGUAAUUGUGCCCAGCAAUGGCACAUUGUACUCUUGUUUGGAUUCAUUGCCCAAGUAUAAAUGGGAUGUUGCUGCUGAUGCCUUUUUGAGAUAAUUAUCUUCCCAAUCCGAGCAUCUCAGUGUCCCUUCUGUUUGCGGGUGUGUUUAGUCACACUGCUGAGCUGGCCCUUUCGGAGUGAAGGGAUUUUUUUUUUUUUGUCUCAGAGCUAGGAGGGAUUGUGUAGGUGCUAGAAGCAGGUGACAUCACAGGAAACAAAAAGGUUUGUGAAGACCAGAAGCUAAAUAUUUAGCCAUGGAUGGAUGGACUAUUGGAUAGAUAAACCUUGGUGAUCCAUUAACUUCUCAUCUAGCGCCAUCAUCAGGUCUAAAUUUGAAUAUGUCUAAUAAAAAUGUUUUUUUACCAAAUACAUGCAAAACUGAUUGCCACUCUCAUCAGCCUCAGCUGUAUUUUGUGUGUUUAGUGCUAAUUAGUAAAAUGUUAGCAUGCUAACACACUAAACUAAGAUGGCAAAUAUUAUAGCUGCUAAUCAUCAGCAUUGCUGUUACGAACAUGUUAGCGUGCUGACAUUAGCAUUUAGCUCAAAGUACAGCCUCACAGAGCUGCUAUCAUAGCUGUGGACUGCCUUGUUAAAACUUUUAUAAAACUCCAGGUAACAGUUUUAUUCAAUGUCUGCACACUUUUCAGACCCUCAGCUGCUUCACAUUCAUUGCUUCACAUGUUCCCACCUGGGAGCAGCCCACUGCUACCCAAUUGUUUGGCCCUGAGCAGCUUCACUUGAGCUAUUAGAGCUUCAGUGACCUUACCCCCGUUCCCUAUGGACCUCUGCUAGUUUUCUGUGAUUUCAGGAAAGACCUUGAAGAAACCUGUGAUGUCACUGACUUUUGGCUCAGACCAACCUGCUCAAACAGACAAGCUGGUAUACAUGCUAAAACAAUGUCACAGUGUUUUCUGUAUUUCCUUUGCUUUUUUUGCACCUGUCGCUACUGUUACCUGUAAAAUCAUUUAUUUUUUUCUGGAGAAAAAUACAGUUCUUCUUUACUUUCUCCAAGUAUGGGGUGCAUUUUAGUAUAACUCUGAUUUCAAUAUUUUGAUACUGUCUAAGUUCUUACCUCAGAGAAAUAUUAUUAUUUUGUAUGACAAAGGAGGAAAAAAAAUGCCAGAACUGUUGCAGUGAAUAUCCUUAUUCACAAAGGAUGCGGCCAUACUGCCUUCUCACUUGUACAUACAGCAACUAGUUUGACUAAGAGCAGAGAGGGCAUGCUAGAGAGACGACCACAGUAGAUAAUAUUAUUAUUUUUGUCAGAAUGAUCGUUUUUGUACCAACAGAAGAAUAUCCAAAACAGUUUGAAUUGGCAGUGUGACUGUUUUUUUUCUGACUGUCCGGCUUUUAGCUUCUGUGUGUGUGUGUGUGUGUGUGUGUGUGUGUGCCUUGUGUGAAUGCCUCGUGUAAUGGAUGAAAAAGUGUUUGUGAAUACUUUUUUUCCUUUCUGUUGUUGUUGUUUUACUCGUAUGUAUAUGUUGGUUGUCCCAAACUCUCUCCCAACACAACUGAUAUUUUAACUAAUAUAACUUGCUAUAUUGUCAACAAUACAUUGAUUAAAGAUGCCACCCUGUCAGUUUGAAA